UUGCGCCCUAAUUCGUACCCCGCUAUAUUUACGCGAAUUUCAAGAUUCCAGUGAGAGAGAGAGAGAGAGAGAGAGCGUGUCAGUGCUUCCACUCCUACUAAGAUGGAUAUCCUAACAUUUGGAGUGAUACUAGGCAUCAUUCUCAUUUUUUUCAUCCUCGUCUUAGUCAUCACCAUCGAAGGGACCUGCAAUCGCAGGAGUUAAGACUGUAAAACUCUAACGGUCCUCACAGCACCAGGAUCUCGUUUUUAGGGUUAGGGUUUUGGGGAAUAAAAACCCGGUUUUCAUUCUAAGGUUACGGUUUUGUAACCCUGCAAGAAAGGGAAAAUGGCACCAGUUAGGGCAAGCAUUGUUGCCUUCAUGGUUCUAAUUCUGGUUGGACCUUGUAUCAGCCAUGGCUUCGAUGGUCAUGGCCAUCACCAUGACCAUCAUGGAUGCCAUCAUCAUCAUCAUGAUCACAGUCAUGACCAUCAUCACGAUCACAGAAAUGACGAUCACCAUGUUAAUGACCAUAAGAGCUUGCCUGAGCGUAAAUUACCAGAAGAAUUGGCUGAAGAGGAGGAUCUCAAACUGUAUGGAUUUGGGCUCCACUCGUCUCACGGUGAAGAUCACUCUCAUAGUGUUCUGCAUCUUUCUAAGCUAGGUCUCUGGGUACACGCAAUGGGGUGUUCACUGUUGGUGAGCAUGGCUUCACUUAUAUGCCUAAUCAUUUUGCCUGUUUUCUUUUUACAAGGAAAACCAUCGGAGAUAAUUGUUGACUCUUUGGCUGCAUUUGGGGCAGGAGCAAUGUUGGGAGAUUCUUUUCUUCACCAGUUACCACAUGCCCUUGGUGGCAAUGGUCACUCUCACUCACCUGAUCAGCAUAUGGACCAUGGGCACAAUCAUGGACGCAAAGAGUCACAUUCUCAUUCCCUCAAUGACCUUUCUGUUGGGCUUUCGGUUUUAUCUGGGAUAGUGGUCUUUCUUCUUGUUGAAAUGGUUGUGAGGUAUGUGGAGGAUCACUCAGGUAAAGGAGCUCAUGUUCACCAUCACCACCGUAAGAGCAAUUCAAAGUCCAAGAUUGAUGAGGAUCAUAAUACUGGCAUUAACUCUGGACCGAGUGACAAAGAAGAAACCUUCAAUGGGAAGGUAGAUGACUGUCAGAAGGAUAAAAAUCAGACUACCCAUGAGGCCCACCUUCGUAAGAGAGGCACUUCUACUGGAGCUGGUGGUGAUAAGAAAGAAGAAACCAAUAAUCUAGCUAUCCCUGACAAAAAGACGGUGCCAGUGAGUCGAAAAGAAGUGGCCACACCCUCCUCUAACAUUGUCUUUGGAUAUCUGAAUCUCUUUUCUGAUGGUGUUCACAACUUUACUGAUGGGAUGGCUCUAGGAAGUGCUUUUCUACUUUAUGGUUCAGUAGGGGGAUGGUCUCGAACUCUUUUUCUGCUUGCGCAUGAGCUACCACAGGAGAUUGGAGAUUUCGGAAUUCUAGUAAGAUCAGGCUUCACUGUUUUUGAAGCCCUAUUCUUCAACUUCUUAUCAGCGUUGGUGGCAUUGGCUGGGACUGCAUUAGCUCUGCUCUUAGGGCAAGAUCCUGGGCAUUCUUCAUUGAUAGAGGGUUUCACAGCGGGUGGAUUUAUCUACAUUGCAGUUGCUGGUGUGCUUCCUGAGAUGAAUAAGGGAAAUUCAACAGUUAUAGGUACAAUUGUUCAGUUAUCUUUCCUUAUCAUGGGGAUGGCCGUUGCCCUCUGUAUUUCUCUUUUGGAGUAGGUGAAAACUCACAGUAGUGCAUGUUUUAUUUAUUUUAUGGGAGGUUAUUCAUAUAGAUUCCUUAAAUUGCUAUCUGUAUGAAUAUGGUAUUCUGGAAGCAGAAAAGAUUUAUCAUCUGAGUGGAGAGAGGUGGUGAGAUGACCACAGCUGCAGAUGUUAGUCUUGUAUUCAUGA